CACCCGCGUAGCUAGUGAGCGUGUGCAUCUGCCAGUCACGUGGUUUCCUUCACUAGUGACUGCGAGGCUGUUGGUUAGGUGAAUUAUUGGAUCCAACCAGCAGUAACAAAACUCACCGAUAAAAAUCGAAAUUUAAACUCAAAAUGACUUGUUGAGAAGGAUUGUUAAAAAGCUUAAUGCAACUAAUAUAACUGUUAGUAAUAAAAAUUUUUCAUAAAUAUUUUUUACACAAAGUGGUUAUUUUUUAUUUCUCUAUUCGAUUCAUUUAAUUUGAAGGUGUUCUACUUCUUGUUUGUCAUCUGGGUGAGAGUUGAUGACGGCAAGCUGCGGUUGAGUGCAUUAGUGGACCAGGGCGCGACCUAGCAAAAUGUUUUACUUAUGAGGCCAGGAGCUCGAUGAGGCGUCGUCACCACCGUGGCAGCAGCCGUGGCCCAGACGGGGCCUGGGGCCCUCAAGACAUCGGGCCCAAAGGUAAUAGGUGCAUCAGCUGACUCUACGCGACGUCAAUGCGGCGCACCUUCAGAAGUUCCUCCUCCGUGUCAGGAGUCACUGGCCGAGGCACUCGGCGUCGUGCCCCUGACCGAGCAAACUACCAAUUCCGCUGGGUUAGAAUUAUCAACAAAGCCUAAUGAAAAUGUUUACCUCCAGCAAAGAAAUUCGAAGCGUUUGAAUCCUUUGCCAGUCCAAACCGGAACAGACGAAUCUUUUGGCCGUCUUAGUCGUCACGAGGAAGGUGUAUCUCAUGGUUUGACUCCACUGAUCAGCAAUACAGGCAAAUGGAGACCCGCAAGAUUAUUGGGCAUCACGGUUAUCUGCAUGGUUCUUAUUUCCAUCGUUGCACCUUGCAUUACUUUCUACUUAAUUUUAAAGGACCAGCGCUUGGAGCUGGCGGCUGUGCAGGAGGAGCUGUGGCGCUGUCAUCUCCACAACGCAGCACCCGGCCCCCAGCCUCCUACAUGGCGGGGCCAGACAUUUCAGCGAGAACUUCUUCAGCAGACAUCAAUAGGAAAACAACAAACUUAUAGUGUAAACAAUGUAGGGGAAAAAAAGCAACAUCUCGAAAAUGAUCAGCGUGGAUCUAGAAAUGAAGAACAAUAUUUAGAAGAAGAGAAUGAAAUUUUAAAGCAGCACCAAGGAGAACAGAUAAAUCCACCAAGAGAAAGAAAUAUCGUGUCUAUAGAGCCUCAAAUAGUGUUGCCGACAAACUUGAAUGACAAUCAACAGGUAGGAAAUAGGAAGUUUCAGCAGCAGCAGUUGAAGCAAGAUCUCAAUCAAAAUUUACAUCACCUACAGCUACCUCACCGGAAACAGCAACAACAGCCACAAGAACAGAGGCAGUAUGAACAUCUUAUGACGAUAGUAAGCUCAGCCGAGCAGCUGAGUCACGAAGAUCUCAAAGAUUUUUUAUCCGUCGACGAAGGCCCGUCAAAAUUUAGCCUCUUCCGGAACAGUGAUCUCAAUGGCGGGUCCAUUGGGAAUGCGCAUGUCACUGAGAAUGAUCCUCGCGAUUUUAAUGUAAUCUCCGCUACGAAUGAUAUUUUAGAAGCAUUGGUGGAACCUACCGGUAAACAGAAUAAGAACUUAGAUCGUUUUACUUCACCGAAAAUAAUUGACAACUCAGAUGACCUGCCUGAAAGUUUUCGUAGGAGCAGAGGAGAAUACUCUACUCUUGAUUCUAGCGAGAAAACGGCCAGUUAUCUGAAUAAUUUUAAUAUUACAAGAAUAAUACAAGGAGGAGUGCUUAAAAAUGGGUUUCAUCAUUUUGCUGGUAAUGAUGAAUAUUCGAAAUUAGCAACCGAUGAAAAUGAGACAAACCGAAGACAGUCGGUUCCUGGAUCACUCACAGCUCAGAAACAUGACAAGCAUAAUCUGGGAUCUGCUACUACAGAGCCUAAGAGUAUUUCAGCAUCUGUCUACGGCCGACUAAAGAGAUCAAUGGCCCGAUCUUCCGAAGAAUCUGGACAUGAUGUCCUCAGAAUCCGUAAGCGCGACACGAGUCCACAGUUUUUAACGGUCCGCGGUGUCCAAUCCACGGCCACGACGGUCAGAGUUCCGGCCGUUGAAGCCUCGUCGCUCACCGACUCGACUAACUCCAUAGAAGCCAUUACUACAACUGACGUGAGGAGAAAAUCGUCUAAAUUUUACCGGAGUUUACUCAACAAACGACUUAAUGAUCCUUUGUUCAACGCUUCGACACCGCUACCUCAGUCAUCCCUCAAUGAGGAUUACGUGAAGUUGCUUGAGAAGCAACUUCGAGAUCUGCGUUCUCGCGUCAAGAGUUGCCGCUCAUGCUUGUCUCGUAAGGAGCGUCGGACUGCCCUGUGCGGUGGAGGGUCUGGCUGGCGGGAGCACAGAAGACAAGAGAAAAUCAUGCGUCGACGUCUAAAGCAUCGCCGUAGAAUAGAAUAUUCUAUCCCUGACGACGAGGAUCAUGACGCUGUUGGCGCCAAGGAGGGAUGCGACGACCGCGGGAAGAGCUUAGAGGCGGCAGAUGCAACCCGCGUGGCGUCGCCUGAAGUGAACACGGAACACGCCGCUCCUCGGCCCAACAUCACACCCCACCAAGCGAGGGAGAGCCGUCGGAUGAGCACAGAUUUCCGACGAGGCUUCAAUCAGAAGAUCGUGCGGAUGGACGAGGCUUUACAGCAGUUCUCCGAGACUCAAUCCGCCUUCUGCAAGGAGCUGCGCGACAACCUCGGGGCUCGGCUGGAGAAGCGCGGGCUGGAGCUGGGGGCGCUGUCGGAGCAGGUGGCCGCCCUCGUGCGGGUGUCCACCAAGCAGGUCGCCAUGCUCGAGAUGCUCACCUCGGACCAGGUUUACACAGGUCAGCAGGGCAUCGAAAAAAAUCUUGCGAAUCUGCUGACGCUGAAGGACUCUCAGGUUCGUUACAUCAAGAGCUACCACAAGACGAUCCUCCUGCCUGCCAUGGUCGCUCUCAACUCGCUCCUCUCAGACCACGCGACCUCCGUCACCUCUCUUGGUGUUGAUAUCAUCACCAAGGUGGAGUUCCUCCAAGACUCAUACGUGACACACGCCACGCGUCAGGCCGACGCUCUUCAGAAGCUGGGGCAGGAGUUGGAAAUGGUGGCGCCUCAGCACGCCAACCUCCUCAUGAGGGGCAGAGACCUGGCCAGAAGACUGCAUGCAAACGCCGAGACCUUCGUCAGGGAGAUUCAGAGCCGCAUGAACAACGUUGUGAAGGAACUUGUGGCUAUCAGAGUUCAGAGUCAGAGUUUUGUGAACUUCAGUGAUUCCACUUACGUCAAUAUUUCGGCAAGCCUGAACGCCACGGAGGAGGUGGUGGACAAGCUGACGUCUCGUCUCCACGACAAAGUGAACGCGUCUAAGGCCCAGGAGGUCGCGUUCAAGCAGGAGUUCACUCACGAGACCGAACUGCUCAGCUCCAGGAUGCAGGCCGGCGUGAGCUCGGCCCUCACGACCAACCAUCUCGCUCUGAACCUCGUUGAGGAGACUGAUGUGGAGGGCCUGAGGUUCGUGAACGAUGCGUCAACCGCGUGGUCCGAGUACUACCUCAACCAGGAGGACGAACUCAGACUCGACGCGGACAGACUAGCGAACAACCUGCAGAGUUACACUCAUCACACCCAGAACAUCCUCACUGGCCUUAACAACGCCGCGCAGACGCAUGAGCAGGUUCUGGAGGAGCAGCGCAUGGACUUCUCGCGCUUCGUGCGCACGCGUCAGGAGGCGCUGGACUCGCAGUGCCACGCCAUCUCUGACUGGAGCGUCCUCAUGUCCUCGGAGCUGCGGCGGCGCGACGAAGACCUCCACAGGUUCCUCAGUGACAACCUCCACUUCUCGGCCACGCCGAUAGCCUCGUAUCCGGAAGAUGUGGACUCACUCCUUGUGUCCGGGAGACCGGAGCAUUCGUUGCUCUAUCAUUCUGCACGCGGUCAGCUCCCAGAGCGGCUGCCCUCGUCUUCUCAAUCUGCAUACUCAAAUUCAGCCGUCGACUCUCAAGAGGCUUUAAGUACAUCUAAUGGACGAGGAAUACCAAAUGCAUCAGGCGCAAAUAAGCCUGUGUCAUCGCCUUCGUCUUCAUCAAAUGCCACUGGCAGCUCUUCUGUUGGCCCUGAUUCAGUGUCUGCUGAAGGAGGCUCUUCUCUCAAAGAAGAUGACAUAACAGUAGAGAAAUCUGUUAUUGAAAAGGAGCCUAAUGGUGCUGCAUCUCUAGAAGAAGUCGUUCCAGAUGAGGGGCUUCCUAUUACUCAUGACGUCGACCGUGAUCUGGUCACGGUGGACAACGGAGCACACCCGAGACACAGGUCUGGAGGCGGCCCGAACUCCUCGAACGCCCCACCGCCAGGCCAAGAUAAUGAUAGAGCCAGUUCUGAGGAAGACAAUCAGAACGCCUCAAGUGGAAAUAAUAGUGACGAUAGUUCCGGAAGUGUCCUAAAACUUACUGAAAAUAACAAUAAAAACUAUGUUAAUCGAAGUGUAAGCGGAGUCAUUGCUAACGGCGAUGUUGAAGAUAUAAUUUAUGAUGGGCGACUAGACUCCCAUGGCAGCGACGAUGACGGCAUUUCAAACUCUAUAGUAAAAUAUGGUUCAGAGGGUUCUGACAGAGAGAUUGAUCAUUUCAACCGUAACGGUGAUGGUGGAUGGUCGAAAAUGGAUGAUCAAACUGAGAAGAUUGAAAGUGAAAUAUUUGGUUUCACAGAAAUCAGUAGAGGCAACUUUGGUAUAAAUGCAGCAAAUGAAGAGGAAACUACCGAGUCAGCUUUUAACCAAGUUGACUUCGAUGCAGAGGAUAGAUUUGUUAAUGGCAGGGGGAGCGGUUUGCUGCACAUUUCACCGAAAUUCCGUGAUGCCCAUCUCCAGGCAACAGAAGAUGAAGCCGAAGAAAGAAUGAGCGGCAGCGGAGAUCGUGAUAACAAUUCUGCAAACAAAUCUGAAACAUUUAAUCGAAACGAAACGUCUAAAAAAUCCGGUCCUGGUGAAUCAUUGAAAAGUAAUCAGAGUCUUGAAGUUCAAUCUAAUUUAACUUCGUUUGUUAUUCAAGGCUUCAAGGAUGGCGAAGAUGACGAUGACGAGGGUUAUUUAAAGCUUCAGUCCAUAUUGCAUGCUGCGGAAAGAAGCAUUUUAGAUUUUCAAAAUGACAUUCAAGUGUCAAAUGUAUACGCUGGUCUUCGGGAGAUCGAGGGUGGAGGUGGUCGAACUUCAUGGCUGAGGCCCAAUGGGAAAUUCGAGACAGGCUUUUGGGACGAUUGGAUUGUUCACCCUGGAAACAAAUCAACCUUUAUUCGGUGGCCGCACAAUGGAAAGUAUAGAAAAGCUCUCUGGACUCCGUCUAGUGAUGAUAAAAAACCUGUAAUAUUUAAUUCUCCUCUCCCAACGAAUGAGAAGGAUAGAAAUAGAGCUCGGCUUUCGGAAGUACGAAGGCGACGAAGUAGAAAGAGGAAACCCGAGAUGCAAGUGAACGAUAAGAAUGGUGUAAAUAAUUUACCUGAAGAGUGAAUUUGGGUCAAGAUUUUGUUGUGGGUAUGUGACAAUAGCGAUUAAUUCUGUAACGCUGUAUCAUAUUGUAAAGUCGACGUGGAAACAUCGACAGAGAAUCAUUAAGAAUUACUAAUUUAGUCAUAUCUUGCUGGAUUAAUGGUGCUGUUAUUUUUAAGGUGGGUACUGGCAGCCGAUAUUGUAGUAAUUACAAGUAUAGGCUGGAAAUGCUGCUUCCGACGACGGUGUUAUUUCCGCUAAAUCGAACUGUUUUGUGCUAAGACAUAACCUCAAUGUGAGGGAUAAGCAAUAUGAAUGUUAGUUUUCCAAUAUUACUAAUGAACCUUGAAUACAAAUUUAUUUUGUAGACUAAUUUUCGAACCAGAUUUAUUAGCACACAUCCGCAUGUUGCGGCGAGUCGAUUAUUGAAUGGUCAUUUUACUUUUUAAAUUGUGAGAAAUUUAUUCGUAGACAUUUCAGCCUAUCAUCAAACCAAGCAUCCAAGAGACAAAAAAGCAUGGUUCUAAUUGUAUUAAUCAUAACUGAAAUACCAUUAAUCACUAGUAAUCCUCAUACAGAUUAAGUUUUUGUGUACAAAGUACAUGUUCGUCACAACGGCUCUCCAAGCAAUUCUCAGUUGUUUUCGCGAGUGGUUCCUCAAAACUUAACGUAAGUGUACAGUUAAUUUGUAGAUGCUCAAAAAGUGAAUGUGGUACGAAAGUAAUCCUUCGAUUAGCAUAUGUAACGCAAUCUCACCCGAAGAGGCAUUCAUGUCUUCCAGGUUUUCAAACUUCAUUUAUAAAUGACUCAAGAUGUGAUGAGUUCCUUGUUAGUGUUGUGAUGCUCAACUAAGCGCUCCUGCUAUAUGUAUUAUUUUGAGGCUGCUAGUCUGCUUGAUCUACCUCUUCUUUUGAUGCAUGUGACACCUUCAGCUUCAUCAAUUGUAUGGAGUCUGAGCGGUAUAAAGACGUGGAGCCUUCAGCCUUAUGAAUUGUAUGGUGUGUAAUUGAAGUAACACAUGUGAUGUAAUAAGGCUCCCCAAAUGUACGCAGUUUAAGCGAUAUGAUGCAUGUAAUCAGGGAACAGCCUCCCCGAUUUCAUCGUUGGCGCUCCGAGUUUGAACGCGUUCAA